GGGAUCAGCCGCCGGGACCGCGAGGUUUUAACCUCAUCGGGCAGGGACGGAAGUGAAAGAGCUGGAGGCAGUUGGGGUUUGGCGCCGAGGUACGGGGAGGGGAGCGACUCCGCCCGGAAACGAAAGGCCUCGUGAUUGCAGUAAGGAGCAGGGCGCUGUUCCUCCUGGACCUGGAGAGAGGAGGCAGCGCGAGAGGGCUUCUACACUAGCACGCCCAAUUCUGUGCUAGAGACACGCCUGGAUCGAUCCAUAGCGCCGCGCCCGGCCUCCCCGGGGCGCAUAGGAAGAGCCGCUGCCUUCCCUCAGGGUGCGGGAAGCGAGACAGGCGGGGAAAGGGGAAGCAAUCUAACCAGCUAGCACGAGUGGGGACAGGGGAGCCGCUGCGCUUGGGAGUAGGUGACGUGGGACGCAGCCGGGGCGCAAGGGAAAUUGGUGACUCCCGGAGACUAGAGACCGUCAGCAGCAGCGCGAGAAUUAGCGAGCAGGGCGCGCCGGAGCUGGCGAGGUGGAGCGGACGGCGCCUGGGAGCUCCGGGGAAGGCUCGCGCCAAGGAGCGGGGCUCUUCGAGGACGGAGGUCGCGAGGACAUCGGAGUGCUUGUGGGGGUCCGGCGAGAGGAGGGCGUCUAGUCAGGCUGAGGCGCUGUUCCCAGCUGGAAGAGACGCGGCAGCCUCGCCACGGGCAAGGCGAGCUAGUGAGGAGCUCCGAGCUUGGCCCUGCUGCGGCUCGUGCGUCUCUCUCACCUCUUUCCCCCAUGUGGCCGGCAGCCGCUCCGAGAUGAAGCGAGCCGGGGCGCUGCGGCAGGUCUCGGACUGGAGCGACUUCGUGCGCGGCCGCUGCCUGCGGGAGCUUCUGGAGCAGCGCCUCCCGAGCGAGGCGCCCAGCCGCAUCGUCGCCAGCCCUGACAGGCAGCAUCUGCUUCUGCUGUGGAACCAGCCGGACCGCGAGGCUCGGGUCGUGGCUUUCCAGCGCCUCGGCGUCGUUGGGAGCGACUUGGAGCGGACUUGGCAGCCUCCUCAGCCGCCCGUGGUGGGAUUGCUUUUCCUGGAGAGCCCCGCCACAGCCAUCUCCUGGGUGCUGACUAUCAUCUGCGAGCAAGGCCGGACUGAACUCUGGCGCUUUCUGCCUGCUGCGGGGUGGCAAUUGCUGCAGAGCCUGGAGCUCUGCCAUGGGGCCCGGGCCCGGAUUGUCUCCAUCUGCAGCUGGGAUGGGCAGCUCGUGUGGUGUGAGGAGAGGCCCCCAUUGGAUGCCCAGCAGAUCCCAGAGAGGAGAGCCUUCCAGUACUGUAUCUGUACCAGAGGCCUUCAGGUUGGGGAGCAGGGAGCCCAGUUGAGCCCACUCAGGAUUGUCUUGCAUAACAGCCCUGUUUACCAAGUGCUGGCCUCGCCCUCAGGUGUCUUCCUGGUGCCCACCCCAGCCACCUUCCCAGCUAUCGCCAAGUUUGUCCUCAUCUGGCACCCUGAACAUUCUGACAUUGUCAUUGCUGCUCCGUCCAGAGGAUGUAUUGGCACAAAAGCCUUGCAGCCUGGCAGUGAAGUGGACUUCAAGAAACUGGUGCUCGGCUAUGUGGGACUCUUGGCGGCCAUGGAAACACUGGACAUUCAUAGCUGUGCCCUCUCCAGCUGCAAAGGACUCUUCCUGGUUACCAAAACGGGUGCUGUGGAUCUGGUUCAGCCUAAUGGGGUGUGGAGGCCUAUCUUUGAUUUAGAGGGCUGGGCCUUAGCCCCAGGGGAGCAGGUCCAGCUGAAGGUAUUUGGUGACACUCUUACCUGCUUGCUGGGAGGGGCCCUUUAUCUUGUGGACCUGGACAGUAGGCAGUUAAUAGAAAAGAAAACUGUGAGCAUGGAAGAAGUGCUGUUUUUGGACUUCCAUGCUGAGGACGAGGAGGAAAUGCAGCUUCUUGCUCCAAGUGGCAUUUACAGCCUUGACUUCUCUGGCACUGACAAGACCAGCCAGCCGGAGCCUAACCUAGUGGAGAUGGUGUUUGAAGAGGCCUGCAAGUACUAUCAGCGGCGGAGCCUUAGCAGCUCCCAACUCACCGUAGAGAAACUGAAGAAGGGGGACAUGUUUCAGGCGCCCAUUGCGCUGUCGUCUAUCCUGUGCCAUAGCCUUGCUCCCAAGGAGAGAAGGUCCAGAGCCCUCCCAGAGCCUUAUGCCAAACUGCUGGGCACAAUGCAGUUAGAACUGCAGAGCUACCAGAACCUAGAAUUCCUCAAGUCAUGCGUGGUUGGGGCUUCAGAAAGCGAGGUGCAGAGCUAUGGUGAAGCACUUGUGGAGCAGGAGCUCAGCCGCCUUCUGCACUUGGACUUGAACAGGGAGAACCUAGCAUACCUGAAUGCCAUCUUUGGUUCCUUUCCUGGGGCCUCCUGGAAGGCCAUCCAGAAUCACUUGCAGCUGCAACAGAAUGGCGAUGGUGUUUUAGUAGCCAGAGCCACUCCAGAUGUAUGGAAGAAAAUUCUGGGGGGACCUGUGCCCAGCCUGAGCAAGCAAGGGGAGGGGCCAGUAAAUGGCGUGGUCCCCCUCUUUGAGCUUGUCUGCCUCUCUCUCCACCAGUUCAAGCCUAAAUGGCUGCCGCAGUUUGUGGAGCUGUCUCAACAGUAUAUGGGUGCCUCUUGGACUUACAGCAACAAGGAGGGCCCUGAGGGGGGUGUUCCCCUCUACAAGAGAGCACUGGCUGUGCUGCCGAGGUGUAGGAGUAGGUGCUCCUUGGCCGAGGGGGAAAUGGAAAUCGAGCUCCUGCUAUCUAGCCAGCGUCCCAAAGCCAUCCUGCAAGCCAUGGACCUCCUUAUCCGGGAUGGGCGAUGGCAGCGCGUGAUGGAGGCAGCCAAAAAGUUCUCCAUGCUAAGCCCUUUGCUGAACAAGGAGAUUUUUAUUGUCCUCUUGGGAGAAUUUUGCCAGCACAGGGCACUUGACCCUUACUUAGACAAGUUGUGGGAGCUCUGUCCUGCAGAUCUGAGUGCUUCUGAUGUCCUGAGCAUUAUUCAGCAACACGUAGCCCCAGCAGAACAGGACCCCUCUCCCUUCCCUUCAGACAGGACAAGCCAGAUGACCAUUGGCCUGCUCAAGCCCCUAUUGCACAGACUGGCACAAUGCCCAUCGGGCCCGGCUGAAAUUUAUGCUGACGUCUUACACGGGCCAACUUUUCCUCCACCGACCCCUCCCAGGGACCAGCUGGUUGUUCCAAAGGCAGUGUCCCAGGAAGAGCAAAUCCCCUUUCAGAACCACACAUAGCGCACAUUGUGUGAGGUGGUGUGAAGCACAGAGGCGGAGAUAGGCAAAAGGGCAUCUCAAGUAAUUGCUCCUGGUAAAGUCGGGAGCUGCAGCCUAUGCAUCCCGCUUACACCCUACAAUCAGCAUGCUGUCCCUACCAAAGUGGGGGGAAACCCCAAAGAUUCUUAUACUGCCAGUGGGUUUAUUUGCAAGAAUGCAUAGCUGGUAGCAAGGGAUGGAGGUUUCUGGUGCCUUAAGCAAGAGCAGUUAAUGCAUAUCGGAACUGCACCAUUGCUCACAUAGUGAGACUAGAUGAAGAACUACAGCUGAUGUACUCCCAUCCUUUUAUGAAUAAUGCCAGUGGGUAGGAGUUAAAAUCUUUCUCUACAUCUUAGUAAAAUGUCAGUCUACAUCCAUCAGUCAUAUUUGCUUGUGAGCUUUGUGUAACUGGGGAAUUGCCUUGCUUUUAUUACCUUGAAGGUAUGCUCAAACUUCCAUCAUUAUGUGCAUUUACCUUUAGCUGUGGGGGACUUUUUUUCUCCUGGCAAUAAGCCAACUGUGGACUGUCAAGUUUCAUUAGCCAGCAUUACUUCCUCAUGAAACUAAAGCUUUUGAAACUCCCUGCUUGAGAGCAUGUCAGCUGUCUGCUUCACUGUUUUGGGAACCCACUCCUCAGAUGCACCCAAGCUCUUAAGCAUGCAAUAUUUACCUGCAGAAGGGGAAAACCCAACUGUUUCCACCACAGAUACAUACUUGCACCUUUGCCCCCUAUAGUGGCCUUAUCUUUUGUGUGUGUUUUUAAAUGGUGGAGGCUGUCAGUAGAGAGGGUGAUUCUGUGUUUCACUGGAGUAGUCCAUACCUUGCAUGCUUGCAGGGCAGUGUAACUCUUGCCUAGUGCUUUAUCUAUGGGUCCCCACUGACUUAAGCAAAUCCUUCUGUGUUACAGAAGAAAGAGGGGGCUUGGACCAAUGCUGUAAUGCACUCAGCCUGUGACAUUUAGCAGUGUCUUGGCAAUUUCCCUGUUCUUCCUAAGUGUAACUUCUUAUCAAGAAUGAAGAGACUAUUCUACCUGCCUAGGUACACCUAGCUAGAGUUUCAUCACUGUAGCCUUCUCCCACAGAUGAAACAGGACGAAUUGAGGGAUAGGGGUAUUAACUAUUCCAGGCAGGAGUGAUUUUUUUUCUUUUUAUAGGUGGCAUUGAGAAUGUGGUUUUAAACCUUGUGAAAUUGCUCAAAUCGUUUUUAAAAGUGCAAAGAUUCCUUCAUGUGGCACAAAGAAGACAGAUAGCUUAUUGAGUGAAAGCAAGUCAGUGCACGUUGGUUCCCUCUGCUCAAAGGAUAGGUUUAACAGUUGUGGAAGAAGGCAAUGGGAAUGGUCUGGGCUCUUUAGAUACAAGGUCAUGAGCUUCUUGAUAUUUUCUAAUAUUGUUUAUGCUUUCUUUAAUUCUUCUCCCCCACCUUGUAGAAUUUGUUGGAAAUCUGUUUGGUGGCAAAUGGACCCCGGUCAGACAAGACCCUGUCUUGAUACUGAGCUGACUGGAUUUCAAGCAAAUCGCAGGUGCUGUGACUAGGCCAGGUUUGGGCAACUUGUGGCCCUCCAGAUGUUUUGGCUUACAACUCACAUCAGCCCUAGCCAGUAUAGUAAGGGAUACUGGGAGUUGUAGGCCAAAGCAUUUGGAGGGCUACCAGUUGCCACUUCCUGUGGACUAGGCCCAAGCCUUCAGCAGCACCUCAGCAAUCCUGGAAAUUUUCUGUGUUUUCCUUUCUGGCUGCGAGCUACCCCCUUCUGGGGGGCGGGAUGAAUAAGUAGCAGGACAUAGAAUCAGCUUUGGAUCUCCCUUUACUCCAUCUCUACCAGAUAGCUAGAAAGAUAUGGAAAUACUUGGGGCAUGAAGUGUGUUACUGAGGAGAGUGAGUUCCAUUCUGAAACAUCUGUACCAGAAAAGCCCAAGUGCAGGACUCAUACCAAAACUAGGCAGCCCAUCUCUACAAUACUUCCUAUUGUUUACAGUCUCCCUUCAUGUUUUCCAAGCACCCACAAGCUUCCUCAGCCUGGAGCCAUUUCUAAAAAAAAAUGUAAGAGUGAGAACAGAGUAAAUCUUGCCUCUCUUUAAAAGUUCAGAAUGGAGUGUGUAGGUGCUUGCAAAAGCUGAAGAUGGGAGAAUACUUUAUCUUUCCGAGCUAUACACAAGCCUCUUCCUCCUCUUUUUGGCAAAAGUAAUGAAGCUUUGACAGUGCUAGUGUCCACAUGGUUUGGAUGUUCUUUCUGAUGUUACCUUGGUAAUGGAGCCUCCUAGGCAAGGGAGAGAAACUGUCCACAUAAUGUCUUUGGAUGGUAUGUGCCCUGCCCAGCUUGAGUAACUUGGCAGAGGGACAGGAGGGUUCUUUUUAUGCUAACCUUGACAAACGAGUUUAUUCUAUUUUUAAUGCAUUUCUGGUAUUUGAAGCCAUUUCUGUGUCCUGUAUGCAGUAUUAAAAGAUGAUGGCCAACCUUAAAAGAGAAGUCUGUUUUUGGCUGUGAAGUAUCUGGUGUGUGCAUUGUGGGCACCCAGCUGUGUUUGUCUUUUCUCUCCGAGCUGUUGAUUCAGUCUGGGCCUC